UUAAAUCUUUUCCCAUUUCCCCAAAGAGUAUAAAAACUGCAUCGACACAUGUCUUACUAAACUCCUCCCUUCCCUCUUCAUUGUCGGUUCAAUUCAUCAUUUUACGGGGAAAGACCAUAGACCGAAAGAAGUAACCAAUGAGCAGGGGCAGAUUCAUGAGGAAUGGCGGCCAGGCCUGCCUCCGUCGGCUGCUGGAGAGACGCUCGGUACUCGAUGUCUAUGUUUCAACUGAAGCUGCUGCUCCGACUCUGUCAAAGCAACAAUCGAGAGCUUUCGCUCGAUCCCCUGUUCUCUUCAGGAGGUUCAAAGAGUCGGAAAUUACUUCUCCUGUCUAUGCUUCUUCACUGUCUUCUUCAUCUUCGAAGAUUGGCUUCGUGAGUUGGUAUUUGGGUAAGCUGCAGUAUCGUCCUGUCCUCACCAAAAGCGUCACUUCUGGCAUCAUCUAUACGGCUGCCGACUUGACCUCCCAGGCUGCUUCAGAAUCUUUUGACCCAAUAAGGACUUUGCGUAUGGGUGGGUAUGGAAUGCUAAUUGUAGGACCGUCGCUUCAUUUCUGGUUCAACUUUGUGUCCAAAAUCCUUCCAAAGCGGGACGUGGUCACGACCUUUAAGAAAAUCAUCAUUGGGCAGACUGUCUAUGGACCUUUCAUGUCUACUAUUUUCUUCUCUGUGAAUGCAGCUCUACAAGGUGAAAAUGCUUCUGAGAUUAUUGCCAGAUUGAAGCGAGACCUGCUUCCUACGUUGAAAAGUGGUCUUAUAUACUGGCCUGUUUGUGAUUUUGUCACGUUCAAAUUCAUCCCUGUUCACUUACAGCCGUUGAUAAGCAAUUCAUUUGCAUAUUUGUGGACCAUUUACCUGACAUACAUGGCAAGCUUAGAGAAAGUAAAAGCGGAUUAGCGUCUGGGCAAAUUUUUUGAAAUCCCAGCAUCAAUUUCAUGAUCCAGGGAACCUCAGGUCACACCAGCAUGCUGCCAUGGAAGUUAAGAAAACAAAUUUCAGUGUCUGCAUGGCUCCCUGAAUACCAGAAGGCAUGUUUAGGUGCAGUAUUACUUAAGAGGGGACUGAUAAGGCAAACCGUGAGCAUCAGUCCCAGUUAAUGCUACAGAAGAACUGCUAGAACAUUUUUACAGGAUUCAUACAAUUGUAACUUUUUGGGUUCUUACAAAGGGGUGUAACAUGAUGGAUUUUGGGAACAGUUAAUUCUUUGUACCUUGAACAAAUGUUUAGACAUACCACUUAUCUCUUUGUUUGCAGUAGUUUUCAGGGAAUUGUUAUUUCUGCUCA